AUGAGCGCCACCUCCUGGUUCCUGGUGAGCGGCAGCGGCACUCGCCACCGGCUCCCCCGAGAGCUCAUCUUCGUGGGGCGAGAUGAGUGUGAGCUCAUGCUGCAGUCCCGCAGUGUGGACAAGCAGCACGCUGUCAUCAACUACGACCGAGACAGGGACGAGCACUGGGUCAAGGACCUGGGCAGCCUCAAUGGGACAUUCGUGAACGACGUGCGCAUCCCGGACCAGAAAUACGUUACGCUGAAGCUCAACGAUGUCAUCCGAUUCGGCUACGAUUCCAACAUGUACGUGCUGGAGCGGGUGCAGCACCGCGUCCCUGAGGAGGCGCUCAGGCACGAGAAGUACGCCAGGCAGCUGCAGGUGGGCGCCAAGAGCCCGGCGCCCAAGACGGAGCAGGCGCCGCACUGCGAGGCCGCGAGCCCCAGGCCAGAGAGGGGGGACCGCAGACCGGGGCCAGAGGCGGCGGCCUACCGCACACCACUGUACGGGCAGCCCUCCUGGUGGGGUGAGGACGAUGGUAGCAGCCCGCCCGAGGAGCGGCGCCAGGAUGAACCCGACACGGAGCGGCCCAAGGAGCUGGCUCAGCGGGACAGUGACCUCGUGGGGACGACAGCCGCCUUCCGGGUCCCCGCGGAGCCGCAGGGCUACUCGUUCCGGCGGGAGCCCAGCUACUUCGAGAUCCCCACCAAGGAGGCCCCCCCCUCGCGGGCCCCAGAGGCGCCGGCACACGAGGCCCCCAGCAGGGAUGCGGAGGUGGGCGGGGGCGGGGUGGCCCCCACGGUGCAGAGCCACGCCUGCUUCACCAUCGAGUUCGACGACCGCAGCCCCGGCAAGGUGAAGAUCAAGGACCACGUCAGCAAGUUCUCGGCGCGCUGGCGCCGGCCCCCUGGCCCGGAGCCGGCGCCCAUCGACAUGGUCUCUGCGGAGACCAAGGUGGCCGACUGGCUGGUGCAGAGCGACCCCAGCCUGCUGCACCGGGCCGGCCCCGCUGACGACCGGCACAGCACCAAGAGCGACCUGCCAGUGCACACGCGCACCCUGAAGGGCCACAAGCACGAGGAUGGCACGCAGAGCGACUCGGAGGACCCCAUGGCCCAAGCGGCUGGGGCUGCUGGGGUCCCCUCGGAGGCCGGCGGGGAGCAGGUGCGGCUACAGAGGCAGCUCAAGCGGGACCCCCAGGAGCUGCUGCACAGCCAGCAGGCCUUCGUCAUCGAGUUCUUCGACGAGGACACGCCGCGCAAGAAGCGUUCCCAGUCCUUCACACACACGCCACCCGGGGACCCCAGGCUGGACAGGCGCCGUGGCCCCGGGCCGGCCGACAGGGACCGCCCGGCCGCCCCCACCCUGGCCUCGGCCCGGGGGGCGGGCGGCAGCUCGGGGCCACAGCGGGCCGGCUCGCUCAAGCGGGAGAAGGCGGAGGAGCGGCUGGGCGGCCCCUCGCCUGCCGCCCGGGCCCCAGCUCGCCCUUUCGGCAGCGUGGGGCGCCGCUCCCGCCUGGCCCAGGACUUCAUGGCCCAGUGCCUGCGGGACGGCUCCCCAGCUGCCCGGUCGGGCCCCGAGAAGACGCCCCCGACGCCGCCUGCCCCCCUGCUACCCCGCGGGGCCAGCUCCGCGGCCCCCUCACCGCCACCACCACCCCCUGCUGACCCCCAAGUGACAAAGGCACGCAAACAGGAGGAGGACGACAGCCUCAGUGACGCGGGGACCUACACCAUCGACACGGAGGCGCAGGACCGGGAGGUGGAGGAGGCCCGCAGGAUGAUCGACCAGGUCUUUGGGGUACGGGAGUCCCCUGAACUCUCCAGAGCGUCCUCGGCCAUCUUCCGUCCAGUUAUCAGAGGGGACAGAGACGAGCCUGGUGACGGAGUGGCCCAGCGGAUGGCCUUGCUGCAGGAGUUUGCCUCCCGGCCAGUGGGUGGGGGCGGGACCCCCCCGGUGGAGCUCCAGGGCCUCCCGGUACCGGGCUCCCCCGGGGGUCAGAAGUGGGUGUCCCGCUGGGCCAGUCUGGCCGACAGCUACUCGGACCCAGGCCUGUCAGACGACGGCCCCGGGCGCAGAGCCAGAGAGCUGGAGGGGGCUCUCCCUGUGCGCCAGCGACGGCUGCUCCCACAGCUGCCCAGCGACAGGGCGGACAGCCCCGCCGGCGCCGAGGCCACCAGGAGGAGCGGGCCGGGGCCGCCGGAGCUGGGCAGCGAGCAGGCCGGCCUCCUCUUGGGACAGGAAGACGUGGAGCCCGACAGUCUCAGUGAUGCCAGUGGGUCGGACGGAGGCCGGGGCCCUGAGCCAGGCGGGGGCCUGCAGGAAGAAAGAUGCGGGAGCCCCCAGGAGGGACCGGCGUGGAGCAGGGGCCGGCGCUCACCGAGGGCCCCUGGGGAGCCGGCCCCCACCUCUUUCUUCGCUGGGGACCAGAACGGGGAGGCGGCCUUCCCCAGGAAAGCUACUGUGGCUCCAGGGCAGGUGGAGGGCCCGGGGCGGGCAGCGCAGCCCAGCCCCCCGACACAGGACAGCGCGUACGUCAGCACCAGUGGGAGGAUGGUCAUCCAGCUGCGGACAGGGCGGUCCCCGGAGCCUGAGGGCCCCGCCCCGGCUCCCCCCAAGGAGGCCCCGGCGUUCGUCCGGCAGGAGAGCUUCACCAAGGAGCCGGCCAGCGGCCCUGCAGCUCCUGGCCAGCUGCCGUACAUCAGCAGCCACCCCCUCCUGCAGGACCUGGCCGCGGCCCGGGCCGCACGCAUGGACCUGCACUCUCAGGACACCCACCUGAUCCUGAAGGAGACAGAGACGGCGCUGGCCGCCUUGGAGGCCAGACUGCUCUCCAAGUCCGUGGAGGAGCCGGAAGGUGAGCUGGGCGGCGCUCCUGGGCCGCCAGAGGACUCCCUGUCCGGGGACUCCGACGUGGACACGGCCAGCACCGUCAGUCUCCUCAGCGGCAAGAACGGGCCCAGCCUGCAGCCCUCGGGGCUGCAGAAGGAGAAGCCGCCGUCCCCGCCGGCAGCGCAGGACGGGGUGGGUGGCGGCCUGAACAGCGCCCGCGAGCGCCUCUCAGAGAAGCAGCGUCGCCCGCCGGGCCCAGCAGAUGCGGGACGCGGGGAGCCGGCAAGGCGCCUGGCUGCACGGCGUGGCCACGGGCCCCGAGGGUCCCUGGACUGGCCCGAUGAGGAACGAGGCUCCAGCCAUGCCCACCUGCCCGGUGUGGACACGGUCACUUCUGACCACGAGAGCUCCGGGGCCAUGGGGGCAGGGCGGCGGGGCCCUCGCCGGAAACCCACGGCCCCACCGCCGUCACCUGCUGCCCGGGAAGAACAGAGCCGCGGCUCAGCCGGCCUCCACAAGGUGCAGCUGGCGCUGACCCGCUCCAACAGCUUGUCUGCCCCACGGCCCACGCGGGCCUCCCGGCUGAGGCGGGCCCGGCUGGGGGAUGCCUCGGACACAGAGGCCGCAGAUGGCGAACGGGGGCCCCCGGCCAAUCCCGAGCCGGCGGGGCAGCCGGCUGCCGAGCAGGCCAAGAAGCUGUCACGCCUGGACAUCCUGGCUAUGCCCCGGAAGCGGGCCGGCUCCUUCACAGGGCCCAGUGACUCGGAGGCGGCCCCCACCCGCGCCGGCUUCUCCGGCCGCAGCGUUGAGUUGUACUGCGCCGGCCGCAAGCCCGCCGUGGCUGAGGCUCGGGCCACCGCCAGGAAGGCCGCCAACGCCACCACAGCCCCCCGCCAGCCCUUCAGCAGGGCCCGCCCGGGCAGCGCCCGGUACUCCUCACCCAACGUGCGUCGCCGGCAGCAGGGCUCGGAUUGCACAUCCACGUCCGAGGAGGAGUAUGGCUCCCACCACGGCUCCCCCAAACACGCCCGCCCCCGUGCCUCAACGGCCACACAGACCCCGCGGGCUGGCAGCUCUGGCCGGGCCCGAGCCCGGGCCCCUGGCCUCCGGGACACAGAUGACGAGGAAAAAGAGCCCGACCCUUACGGCUUCAUCGUGCAGACAGCCGAGAUUGCCGAGAUUGCCAGGCUGAGCCAGACGCUGGUGAAGGAUGUGGCCACCCUGGCCCGCGAGAUCCACGAUGUGGCCGGAGAUGGCGACUCGCCGGGCUACCCGGGGCCUGCCCACAGCCCCUCUCGUGCCAGUGUGCCCGGCACCCCCGCCUCCACCAUCUCCGCCCGCGAGGAGCUGGUGCAGCGCAUCCCCGAGGCCAGCCUCAACUUCCAGAAGGUGCCGCCCAGCUCCCUGCGCUCUCAGGACCUGGACCAGAACAUGAACGACCGCUGCGAGGACCCCUUGGCCGGCAAGACGCGGCCUCGGAACCGCGAGGAGGUGAUCUUCGAUAACCUGAUGCUGAACCCCGUGUCGCAGCUGUCCCAGGCCAUCCGCGAGAACACAGAGCACCUCGCUGAGAAGAUGAAGAUCCUCUUUCAGAGCACAGGGCGAGCCUGGGAAGACCUGGAGGCCAGGAUCAACGCGGAGAACGAGGUGCCCAUCCUGAAGACGUCCAACAAGGAAAUCAGCUCCAUCCUGAGGGAACUGAGGCGAGUGCAGAAGCAGCUGGAAGUCAUCAAUGCCAUCGUGGACCCCAGUGGGAACCUGGACCUGCUGACCGGAAACCGGGGUUCUGCGGGCUCGGCCCAGCUCGGGAGAGGCCGGCCGGCCUCCCAGAGUCCGUCCUCACCCCCGUCGGCCCUGCCGGCGAGGAGCUUCCCGCAGCGGGCAAACUGCGGGACCCCCGGCCUCCCGGACCCCUCCUUCCUCCCCGACACGGAGCAGUUCCUGAUCUAG